AUGUUCCAGAGACGCACAGUGACCGUUGCCAAGCGCUCUGUCGCUCAAUGGAGGAGUUUUGCAACCUCCCCAGCGAACUCAGCCCGAAACCACAAGAUCGUAGUGGUCGGCGGUGGUACUGCUGGUCUCUCCAUCAGUCACCAGCUCUUGCACUCGGGGAAAUUUGCGCAAGAUGAUAUUGCCAUCAUUGAUCCCGCCACAUGGCAUCACUACCAACCCGGCUGGACCCUGGUCGGUGGAGGUCUCAAAAACAAAGAGGACUUGCGCAAGCCAAUGAACAGCUUGAUCAAUCCCAAAUUCAAGUUCUACAAUGAGAGUGUCGGUGCUUUUGACCCCGCCGAAAACGCGGUCACGCUUCAGGGCGGCGACAAGAUCAACUACGAACAUUUGGUUGUAGUGCCCGGUAUCAGCAUCAACUAUGGCAACACGAAAGGCCUGACUGAGGCUCUUGCUGACCGGAACUCCACUGUUUCGACAAUUUAUGGCUAUGACACAUGUGACAAGGCCUUCCGUACCAUUGAAAACUUCCGCGAAGGCAACGCUAUCUUUACCCAGCCAGCGGGUGUGAUCAAAUGUGCGGGUGCUCCGCAAAAGGUCAUGUGGCUUGCAUUGGAUCACUGGAAACGAGCUGGCCUCUACAACCCAACAAAGCCCUCCGACUCUGCCGUCAAGAUCAGCUAUGCAACCGGUCUCCCAGUGAUGUUUGGUGUGCCUAAGUAUAACGCUAUCCUUGAGCAGAUGCGACAGGAUCGUGGUGUCGAGGGAUUGUUCCAGCAUGAUCUCGUAGCCGUUGAUGGCAAGAAGGCCACUUUCGCCACUCCCGACGGAGAGGUCACUAGGGAGUUCGACCUGCUGCAUGUCACCCCCAAGAUGGGCGCUCAUGGAUUCGUCCAGAAGAGCCCUCUCGCAAACGAGGCCGGAUUCGUCGAUGUGGAUGACAACAGCACCCAACACAAGAAAUUCCCCAAUGUGUGGUCGGCUGGUGAUGCUUCCAGUCUCCCCACAUCCAAGACCGCAGCAGCUGUCACUGCCGAGGCGCCGGUCCUUGUUCGCAACUUGUUGCAGAGCAUGGAGGGCAAGUCAUUGGAUGCCUCCUAUGACGGUUACACUUCGUGCCCGCUCUUGACUGAGUACGGCAAGGUUCUUCUUGCCGAGUUCAAGUACGGCGGAGUGCCCAAGGAGACAUUUGGAGACUGGUUUGGCAUUGACCAGGGUGAGCCCCGUCGUGCGUUCUGGCAUCUGAAGAAGGACUUCUUCCCCUGGGUGUAUGCCAACCACAUGAUCAAGGGUACCUGGGGUGGACCGAAGGGUUGGAUGUAA